UCUUAUUCAUUCUCUGUAUUCAAUCCCAUUUUCUGUAAUUAUUUAUUCAUGCGCAUGUGCAAGAUCACGCUGUCCGUUACAGGAGCUGCUCGUGGGUUUAGAAUAUAUUGCUGUUGGGUACUGUAAUCAGACAACAUGUCGUACAUGUUAGGACAUCUGCACAAUGGCUGGCAAGUCGAUCAAGCAAUACUGUCAGAAGAGGAUCGAGUUGUGGUCAUUCGAUUUGGUCAUGACUGGGACCCAUCAUGUAUGAAGAUGGAUGAAGUCUUGUACAGCAUUGCAGAAAAGGUGAAGAAUUUUGCUGUUUUGUAUCUGGUCGAUAUUACGAAGGUCCCCGACUUCAAUAAAAUAGGAACAAUGCCCGUCUUCAAAAAGAAGAGAGAGGCACUAUAUCCUGCAGAAUGUUACACAGCACAACCCAGAAGACCACAAUAUUCCAUCACCGUGGAAACCUCAAAUUCUACAUAUCCAAGUUUUGGGAAUACGAUGACGACAAUGAUGACAAAGAUGUCGAUUGUUCUCUUGCAUGCAAAGAAUCACAUCAAUCAUCCUGUAUACAAACCUGCACAACAAUUUUGUAUGGAUAUCACUAACCAAAUGUUCGUGGAAUGGUAUCACCUUAUACUAAUGCAGUUAUGUAAAAAGGUUGAAAGCAUAAAGUUACUAAGACAGUACCAUUUUCAUCCCACAAAGUUAAGUUCUGUAGUCAUUGAAGGGAAAGAUACAAAUAUAAUAAUUAUCAAGAUCUUCCAGUUUCUCAAAAUACCUGCGAAUAUAAAUUAUGUUUCAUUAUCACAACACACUCCUAUUAUAACAUUUUUAUCUAAAAUAUACAAAAGCCUGUUUUACUGGAGGUUCAGAGGAUAGACAGCACAGGCAAAGUUACUGGAACAACCAUUAGUUUCUCAAUUCCUUCCCUCAGCCCUCAAGUAUAAGCUAUACACUGAGUUUCACAUAAUUAUAUUUACAUAAUUACAUAGUGGAUAGUUAACAUUCAUGUAGGCCUAUCAGUGAUGAAGUAUGAUACUUGCAUUUAAACUGGCAAAAUAUUUGUAAAUGUAUUAUAUAUGAACACUUUUUAUAAAAAUUAUCCAUGCAAUAUAUCUAGUCUGCUCUGGCCCCAUAAGUUGCUUUCUUAGAUUCAUCUCAAUUUUUAACCAAUAUUAAUCCCCAUGACUUAUUAUUAUUCCUCCAAUUCUCAUGCACAUACCAGUAACUUAAAAACAAAUUUC